AGGCUCUGCACGCUGCCCCCUGUGGCUCCGGCGGCGCCGGCCCCGCCCUGGCCAUGGCCGGGGACUCCUGGGGUGCGCUCAGGGCCAGGGUCUGCUGCCACAGGCGGGCCGAGGUGGUCGCAGGCGGUGCGAAAGCCACCGCCGCGGCCAAGGGGGCGCCCGACCCCGCCAGCGCGCCGCCCGAGGCGGUCAAGGCGUUGGAGCUGAAGGAGCGCGGUAACGCACGCUUCAAGGAGGGGCGUCUCGAAGAGGCGCUGGAUGCCUACUCCGAGGCCUGCGUGCUGGACCGCCACAACCCAGCUCUGUGGCUCAACAGGUCGAUAGUGAACCGGCAGCUGGAGAACUGGGAGGACGCCGAGCAGGAUGCUCAGAUUGCUGCGGAGCUGGAUCCUUCCAAUGCGAAGGCCCACUACAGCAGGGCGCUGGCGCUGCAGCAGCUGGGCCUGCCGCAGAAAGCCCUCCGAUCCUGCAGGACACGUCGGCCCCGGCGGCGGGCUCCUGCGCAUCGGUCAACGAGGGCCGGGCUGCAGCGGCAGCCUGACAGCGUGCCCUUGAGGCGCCUGCGCGCCGAGCUGGAGCGGCCCCCGGAUGCCAGCUCCGUGGUUGAGGCGCAGGUCGCCCCCGGCGGCGGCGCGUCCGACAAGG